AUGAGCACAUCUAUUAGCGGCCCAGAACACGAGUUCGUCAGUAAAUUCUUGACCCUAGCCACGCUAUCCGACCCGAAGCUGCCAAAAAGCCACAUCAGGCCUCUAAAGGAUAUUGCCAAUUUGGGUGUUCCGUUGCCCACGUUGAAAUACAAGUACAAGCAAAACCAUGCCAAGAAAUUGAAGCUGCAAGAAAACGAGACCGUCCGCUUGACAUUGAAGAAAAUCCAGGCCCCCAAAUUUGCCAUUGAGCAUGAUUUCAGCCCAUCCGACACCAUCUUACAACUAAAACAGCACUUGAUCAACGAGGGAAAAGCCUCCCACGUAAGCGAGAUUAAACUACUGUUGAAGGGGAAAGUCCUUCACGAAAACCUGUUCUUGUCGGACUUGAAACUCGACUCCGCCAACAGCACAAUCACUGUGAUGAUCAAACCGGAUCCGGCCCUCGCAAGAACACCCGAGGCCGAUAAGCCUGUGUCUGCACCUUCUUCUUCUUCUCCGGAGCAAGAACCGGUCGUCCCUUGGGACGCCAUUGAGGCUUUACUAAACGACAAGUUCAAGAACGAUAAACCUGCGGCCAAACAGAUCAUGAACCGUCUACAAAAAGGCUGGUCCCUGACCAAAUAG